AUGAACUCACAAAAGCAAUCAUUAAAGAUUACAAUGACACAAUCAAACUUGAUCCACCAGCCAAAGCUGCAUCAAUCAACCAAUCAAACGACAGAUCUACUACGUCGCCUUGAUAUCAAAUUCUGUUCAUAUUGUCUAGAAAAACGCCAUAAAUCACCACAAACACACACAGACAAUGAGUGCGGGCACCUACAUCCAGAACUCAAAGGUAAACACAUGAAAAAUAAACAACUUAACAGAUUCGAAAGACAACGCUCUAUCAACACCCCAGAGACAAAGCUAAGCUCUCAACCACAACUUUCACCUGCGAACUAUAGGACAUUAAUGACAGGACGUUUUUCUCCUGAUACCGCAUUCUUCGAUCAAGGUUCAGACGUUACAUGCACUUGUAGAUUGGAUCUACUUACUAAUAUAAGACAACUCAAUGUGCCUGAACGCUUUGGCACACUUAGCGGUGAAUCAAACUCGUCACUCGUAGGAACAAUGCAAUUAAACCUGGGACAUAAGAACGGUACAAUCAACUGGAUCGAAACAGAAGCGUAUUAUAGUCCGCAUUACAAUUCAACAAUUCUCUCGAAAAGACUACUCGAGAAAUACAAAUUAUAUCUAUACUACAAGCCACCAUACAUAAAAUUGCCAAUUCCCCACUAUCGUCAUGACACACAUACUGAGGAAUCGGUCGUGCAAACCUCACCCAACGCUAAUACCGAUGACACACCGGCACCAGCAUCUUUCAAAACCAUAUAUGACCGCUUCGACAAACAGGAAGAAUUCCCAAACGAAUACCUUGGAUUCAACCAUAGCUCCAAAUGCAAAGCCCCACCCACACGUGUCAAAGGCACUCUAAUACAACCGGGUCAAGCCAAACAAGCAGCACGAGUCUUUAAGCAACAAGAAGACGACAGACUUAGCAAAGCCGAAGAUACCAAAACAGGUAUACACUACGACCACUUCCAAGAACAAUGGUCACAGUUCAACGACGACAAAAAACGAAUCUACCCAGAUCCUGAAUUUUAUUUGCCUCCACCAGGAGCACAGGUUAGAGAAUCGAACUCUUACAAGGAAUCUAUUAAAGAACUCUGGUAA